GUUUGAUUCAAUUCAGAAAUCUCGCAAUAACAAUAACAGUUGGAAGCUGUUGGAAGAGACGAAAUUCAAGCGAAAAGCAUUGGUAUGGCUACCUCGCUGUGUACACCGACCUACAGUCUCAAUCUCAAUUUCUACACUGCACAGUCCCACAAAUUAAAAGCAAAGUCCUCUGUUCAUUAUAGGCCUCGUUUUGGCACCGUCACAAGAAUCUGUUGCGCUUCUAAUAAUUUCAACGAUGACGAUUACAAUAAACAGCAACGACCUCAAUCCGAAGCUAUUCAAGUUUACGGUCAAAUCGAGAGAUUACUUACAGAUUCUGUUAGACAAUCACAGGAUGGUUGGUGGGGUUCCCGAGACUGGAGUGAAGUUGAGGGAGCUUGGAUUCUUAAACCUAAAAACACCAGACCCAAUUUCGUAGUACAUUUUAUUGGAGGUAUAUUUGUUGGAGCUGCCCCUCAGCUUACCUACCGAUGGUUUCUUGAGCGUCUUUCAGAAAAGGGUAUAUUGAUCAUAGCAACUCCGUAUGCUAGUGGGUUUGAUCACUUCCUCAUUGCAGAUGAAGUACAGUUCAAAUUUGAUAGGUGUUAUCGCGCACUGCAAGAAACAAUCCAAGACCUUCCUAUUUUUGGUGUUGGUCAUUCUUUGGGAUCAGUGGUCCAUCUUCUGAUUGGAUCAAGAUAUGCAGUGCAAAGAUCUGGAAAUGUUCUCAUGGCAUUCAAUAACAAGGAAGCAAGUUCGGCUGUUCCUUUGUUCUCUCCGGUGCUCGUCCCAAUGGCACAAACCUUUGGUCCACUUCUAUCAGAUAUUUUUUCUUCACCAACUCUGCGAGUUGGGGCAGAGAUGACUUUGAAACAACUGGAAAACGUUAGCCCACCCAUUAUGAAGCAAGUUCUUCCUUUAGUUGAGCAGCUCCCUCCCUUGUACAUGGAUUUGGUUAAGGGAAGAGAAGAAUUUUCUCCAAAGCCUGAGGAGACACGUCGACUUAUAAAAUCAUACUAUGGCAUAUCCAGAAAUCUGCUGAUAAAAUUCAAGGAUGAUUUAAUAGAUGAGACUUCAACUCUAGCUCAGGUGCUUAGUUCAGAAUCAGCCAUUAGCUCAGCGCUUGACAUGUCAAUACGCAAGUUGGCUGGAGAUCAUGGACUUCCAUUACAACAGGCCCUACCAGAUGUUCCACCAGCAAUGGCGGAUGCAGUUAAUCGUGGAAGCGAACUUUUGUCGAAUCUUGCAGUAGGAACUCCAUGGGAGACAGUUGCCAAAGAAGUGGGGAACUCGCUAGGCAUGGAUUCGAGAGUCCUACGUGCAGAAGUAUCAAAGGACAUGGAUAUGCUUGUGGAUGUGAUUGCAACCUGGAUAGCCUCUAAUGCAGGACCUAAACUUCUUAGGCCAUAAACUUAUAGCAAAUGUAAACACAUGUGCUGUAGAAAUGUAUAGUGAAGUCUAUGGGCACGGACAUUACAAGUAAGCAAAUUGAACUCUGCCAAUCACCCUGUGCUGUAAAAAUCAUAACUUGCAUUUUUACAAAACCUGUUGUUUAUACCGACGUUCAAAAGUAAA